AUGAAAGUGGUUCAAGUCUGGGCAAGAAAGAAGAGGAUUGCCAUAGCGGAAUAUCUUGAACAGCAGAAAAACAAAGGCAUCAAGUUUACAGGAGAAAAACGAAGGUACCAAGGAGAGGAGACAGAAGGAGGGAUCCAGAAGGGAUAUAAAACCUAUUUCACAAUUCCUCAGAAAUAUAUAUCUUUCAUGACAAAAGCCGAUGCUGCAAACCUGCUCCUCCAGAUCAUUGUUCAGGCUAAGAAGCAUCUGACCUUGAUCCCUCUUUUUCUAUUUAUUAGAGCUGGAGGUAUUGGAGCAGCCCUGUAUCUCUUGCAUCUGGCAUUGUUCAAUCCAGAUGUUUGUUGGGGCAGAAAAAAUAACCCAGAGCCCUGGAACAAACUGUGUCCCAAUGAUAAAUACAAGUUCUACUCAGUGAAUGUAGAUUACAACAAACUGAAGAAAGAACAUCUGGAUUUCUAAAGGAAAUAUUUCACUAUAAAGUUGCUUUAAAAUGAAGGUCUUCCAGAAGUCAUUUGCACAAUUUUCCACUUAACUAGGAAAUAUUUCUCCUCUAAAUGCAUGAAAUCAUGUUGAAGUAAUCUAUUUGAGAUUACACUGAUUAAU